CCUAAUAAAAAUUUUGUUUUGAAGUCUGUUGUCAGGGAGUAGCCAAUCAGAAAGCAGUUUGUAAGCAGGUGCCAAAAACCAAACUAUCUGAAGUUACCGGUAGAAGAACGGAAACGAAUCUGGAAAGCACUGUUCUGUAAACAUCUAGUGCCAAGCUGUCCUGUGGGGUCUACUGUGUUCAACAGAGUUUCCUGGGGGGUGGAACCCCACUGGGGCUAAUCCCACAACUAUUUUACUGCAACAUGGCAGCACCAGGAGCAACAAAAACGUCAUGGAAGCUUCAAGAAAUUGUUGCCCAUGCCAGCAAUGUAUCUGCUUUGGCUUUGGGAAAAAGUUCAGGUCGUCUCAUGGCCACAGGAGGCGAAGACUGUCGUGUCAAUUUGUGGUCCGUUAACAAACCCAACUGCAUUAUGAGUCUCACAGGACAUACGUCUCCAGUGGAGAGCAUGUGCUUUAACUCCUCUGAACAGCUGAUAGUGGCUGGAUCACAGUCUGGGUCCCUGCGGGUAUGGGACUUGGAAGCUGCCAAGAGUCUGAGAACAUUAAUGGGACAUAAAGCAAACAUUUGCAGUCUGGACUUUCAUCCACAUGGGGAGUAUGUGGCAUCUGGCUCCAUAGACACAAAUAUCAAGAUAUGGGAUGUGCGCAGAAAAGGUUGUGUGUUCAGAUAUAAGGGUCAUACACAACCAGUCAGAUGCCUCCGGUUUAGCCCAGAUGGGAAAUGGUUAGCAUCUUCUUCAGAUGAUCACUCUAUAAAGCUAUGGGAGUUAAGUGCUGGAAAGCUAAUAUCUGAGUUUUCACAGCACACUGGACCUGUUAAUGUUGUUGAAUUCCACCCCAAUGAGUAUUUAUUGGCAUCUGGAAGCACUGACAGGACGGUUCGUUUUUGGGAUCUAGAGAAGUUCCAGUAUGUUGGCUGCACAGAGGCAGAUUCCAUUCCAGUCAGGUCCAUCCUUUUCAGCAGUGAUGGAGGCUGUCUGUUCUGUGGUGGUAAAGAUUCCCUUCGUGUGUAUGGCUGGGAGCCAGAGCGCUGUUUUGACAUGGUACCUGUGGGAUGGGGCAGAGUUUCUGACAUGACAAUCUGCAACAAUCAGCUGAUUGGGGUCUCCACCUCCCAGUCUGUCGUCUCUUCUUUUGUGGUUGACUUGGCCAAAGUUAAGAUGACCGGUUCUUCAUCACCGGGUGGUGUCCCAAAGGAGAUACCAGUCAGCCAAACAACACCUACUGGGUCAUCCUUGAGACGUAUCUAUGAGAGGCCAUCUACUACUUGCAGCAAACCAAAGAGUAAUCAAUCUUUUCAAUGUCCCCUUUUUCAAUACAGGCUUUCAAAAUGCAAGCUCUGUUACAAGCAGUUGCGCACCUUGAGUCAGAUGGUGAAAAGCAGAGCGUCACAGAGUGGCCGUCAUGGCAGUGCUUUCCAAGAGCUCCACCUUCUUAUGACUGGUCUGGAAUGACAAACACCUGUCCUAUUCAUAUAUACCAGACAUAAUGGGAAAGUCGCUGCUAAAAAGUGCUCAUUGAUGGACUUUGAAGAAAAGCAAUUUAGAAUGUGAAUCACUCAGCUAUUUGUCAUCUUAACGUUCUAGAACUGUAUAUUUAAUUAUUUUAUACAGAUUCAUUCUUUGCUUCAGUAUAAGCAUUUUUAUUUAUCUGUAACACCUGUGUUUAAAACACUGAACUAUUCUCUAAUGAUUUGCUAGGGCCACAGCCACAUUUAACAUCAUCUGAUACACAACAUCCUGAUUCUGCAACCAUGAAACAGAUGUGCACUAAACCACUCCUAUGGUACAGCUAAGAACCUAGAUAUCACUGGACCUCUUUUGUCAGAAGCAGUCUUAGCAUGACCCAAAUUUCUCCAUGCCAAGCACAAGUGUAAUAUUUACUCUCUGGUUUCCAAAUGUACUUGUGGCCUUAACAGAAAUGAAAUGAAGUUAAGCAUCAGCAGGUGAAUGUGCCUGAGUGUACAAAUCCACUUGUUCUUCCCUUACAGGAAUGCACCUUUUUAUCUAUUUCUUUCCACCUGAGAGAGUAUUGCGUGAAUGUGAUCUUGUCUGUUGUCCUGAAGCUGUUUUUGUUUACCUUGUAAUUUAUAAACCAUUUUAAUUAAAAAGAAGUUUCAUAUUUUAA